AUACUUGGCUUACCUUGAACGAGUAAUGAAUUUUUGGACUUGUUCGGUACUUAACUUGUCGAAAGCAAAUAUUUGUUAUUUUGAGUAUUUGUCUCUCAGAAAGCUCACUCCAUCCCUCAUCAUCUCCUCUCUCUCAGAUUCUACAACUCCUUUCAUACGACGAGAAAAUGGGAAACUGCCUCCCCAAUUCCACUACAAAAACCACGGCUGAGAUCUCUCCGGCGACGGCGAAACCUACUUCCGCCGUCACCGUGAAACUAUCCGGACCGCCGAACAGUCUCGCAACGUCGUACCUCCGGUUCGCUCUCCUCCACAAGAAAGUAAACCUCCGUUUCGUCCCCUCAGAAGACCAGAAGCCGACAAUCCACGUCGGAGCAGAGACGGUAUCAGGAUCUCAGGAGGUUCUGCUCCGUUACAUCGAGGACAAGUUCCCCGAGCCGAGGCUAAUGCUCUGGAAGUUCAACCUAGAAGGCUUCGACGAGGCGACGCCGGCGAUAGUGAAAGCGAUUUGGCUUCAGCACAGGAGCAUGCUGUGGCACAUCGAGAGGAUGGUGAGAUGGUCGGAGGAUCUGGCGGCACGUGGAGGGAGGAGAGCCGUUGAUCCGUCGGUGGGGACGCCGAAGAUGGAGAUUAGGAAGUUCGCUAAGAGCUAUGCGCAGUUGCAGGAGAUUAUGGUUGAGCAUGCUCAGAUGGAAGAGAGGAUUCUUUUCCCUGUUCUUGAAUCUGUUGAUCGAGGGAUGUGUAAAAGUGCGAACGAAGAACAUGGGAGAGAGUUACCGAUGAUGAAUGGGAUCAAAGAAUAUAUUAAAUCGAUUGGGGUGAUGGACUCUGGGGCCUGUUCUGAGGAGCUCUUUACUCUUGCUUCUCGUUUCAAAUCAUUACAGAUGAUGUGUAAAGCGCAUUUUGAAGAGGAAGAGAAAGAUUUGCUACCGAUGGUGGAAGCUGCGGAGAUGGGGAGAGAGAAGCAGAACAAGUUGAUGAAUCAAAGCUUGGAGCUUAUGAGAGGGACGCACUCUAACGUCUGUGAUUUUCUACUCCAAGGUCUCACUCCUCAGGAAGCUAUGCAGUAUCUCGACAUUCUCAUGAAUUUUGCUGAUCCCAACUUUAUCUCAUCAUUUAUCUGCCAACAAGACAUUGUCGACUGAUAGUAUGCUCUUUCCCAAA